CCAUUUUUAAAUUAACGUGAUAAGUUUCAGGUAAACAAGGAUUUAAUUCAUGCGCGUUCAUGUAUGUCCUAGAGCAGACAAAUUUCUUUUACUGUAUGUGUACAUGAUAUUCAUUGGCAAAUAUUUAAACGAUGAUAAAAUUAAUAUUUAAGGUGAUGUAGUUCUUAUACCGUCUGGUAGUCGUGAAAGUAUCUACGCGGUUCAAAGCACAGUAGUUUGUUUGUUAAAAUUAAUAUAAAAUGGAAACGUUGGAAAUCGACGACGAACGAACUCAUUCCAUAAAAUUGCCAAGUGCUGUUGAAGUGUUUGCAAAUUUAAAAAAUGCUCAAAAAUUCGCGAUCGACAUUGGCUUAUCUUUGACAAAAAUAGCUUAUUAUUCAACGAUUAGUUAUCGUAAGGCAUUGUAUGAGGAUACAGGCUUAGGAAAUAGUGGAGAACGUGCAUACAGAGUUCAUGAAGGCAAUAGACUUCACUUUGUUAAGUUUGAAACAAGAUACAUUGAAAAUUGUUUGGAUUUUGUGAAGGAGAAUUUAGUAAAUGUUGAGAGGUUUUACGGUAAAAACAUUAAAGUGACUGGUGGAGGGGCAUAUAAAUAUAAUGCUUUGUUACAAGAAAAAUUAGGUUUAAUAGUUGAUAAAGAAGACGAAUUUGCAUGUUUAAUAAAAGGCUGUAAUUUUUUACUUAAAAAUAUAUCUUGUGAAGCAUUUGAAUUUGAAAGACAUGGGAAUCCUGAAUAUAAAUUUCAAAAAGCUGAUCCUAAUAUAUUUCCAUAUAUGCUAGUAAAUAUUGGUAGUGGUGUCAGUAUUCUUAAAGUUGAAUCUGAUAAAGUAUUUGAAAGAGUUGGUGGUACAGCUACAGGAGGUGGAACAUUUUGGGGAUUAGGUUGUUUGCUUACGAAAAGAAAGGGCUUUGAUGAAUUGCUGCAACUUGCAGAAAGGGGAGAUCACCGUAAUGUUGAUAUGUUAGUGAAGGAUAUUUAUGCAGGCGAUUAUUCCUCACAAGGUUUAUCUGCAGACCUUAUUGCAUCUUCUUUUGGCAAGGUUACUUAUAAUGAUAAAGGAAGACCAAAGUAUUCUGAGGCAGAUCUUGCUAGAAGUCUUUUAUUUACUGUAAGCAAUGACAUUGGACAAAUAGCAAGUUUAUAUGCAACUGUACAUAAAAUGGAUAAAGUUUACUUCGGUGGUUACUUUCUUCGUAACCACCCUCUAUCAAUGCAUACUAUUUCAUAUUCUAUCAAAUAUUGGUCGAAUGGUAAGGUAAAACCUCUUUUCCUUCGUCAUGAAGGUUACCUUGGUGCAAUUGGGGCCUUUUUGUAUGGUGCUGAACAAUCUGAUGAAUAUAGUUGGCUGGAAAAUUAUGCAGGAUCUUCAGGAUUUAAAGAUUCAAUAUCUACGAAUCUUGGAAUUAAAGUAGACCAGCUGGAAAUUGAUCAAGCAGAAACUGCUGUAACAUUUUGUCCACUUUUGAAAGAUCCUGCAUCUUACAAUCCUGAUACAACUGAUCUUGCUGAGGAUAAAGAAGCAAGAGAUUAUUGGCUUCAGUGUCUUGAAGAAUCAGUGGAUAAAUUUGUGGCCAAAGCUAUUCACAGCCAGCCACAUAGUCCAACUGCAAAAGAUAGAGCAACAAAACUGAAGGAAAAAUAUGUUAACAGAUUGCAUUAUCUACGUCUUCAACCAUUUGCUUAUGGAACACUUACAGUCAGAGUAUUAUUGGAUACUAUUGAACACUGCAUGAAGGAAUUCGAUUUUCCUGAUCCAUAUCUGCAUCAAAAGAAAAAGGAGAAUGAAGAAGCCUUAACAUAUUUAAAAAGUCGUAUAACAGCUCUCGAUGAAUUGGAAGGAGCGGAAAAAAUAAAAGCUUUGAUUGUGGGAGUUCUGAGUGGUAAUAUGUUUGACUGGGGUGCACAAGCUGUUGCAACCUUAAUGGAGACAACAAAUUUUGGUUUUGCCGAAGCUCAAGCAAAAAUACCGGGUAGACCUUGGCUACAAGAUGAUUUGGAUGAUUGGAUAGAGAGAUUGAAAACUGGCCCACCUCAUAAAUGUGCUGCUAUUUUCAUUGACAAUAGUGGAGUUGAUAUAGUAUUGGGAAUUUUACCGUUUGCUCGUGAUUUAUUACAACGAGGAACAAAAGUUAUACUGUGCGCUAAUUCUAUGCCAGCAUUAAAUGAUGUCACAUAUCCAGAAUUGGUUGUAACAUUACGAGAUGCAGCAAAAAUAUGCAAAGUUAUUAGACAAGCUCUGAAAGAAAAUCGUUUGUUUGCCAUGGAGACAGCUCAAGCUAGUCCCUGUCUUGAUUUAAGCCGACUCAAUUUAGAUCUAUGUCUUGCGAUGGUAAAACAUAACGUCGAUCUUAUCGUAUUAGAGGGAAUGGGUAGAACGCUUCAUACGAAUCUUUAUGCAAAGAUGACUUGUGAAUGUCUGAAAUUAGCAGUUGUUAAAAAUCGAUGGUUAGCACUUCGAUUAGGUGGUGACAUGUAUGCUGUAAUAUGUAAAUAUGAACGUCCACCAACGAAUACUAAAGUUUGUGAUAUAGAAAUAAAAAUGAAAGAAGAAUGUCCAUCAGAAUGUGCAGAGAAUGCAAGGGACAUUUGCACGUGUAAUGCGAAAGGAUAAAUGAUAAAAACGAAUGCCUCUAUCAGCGAGAUCCAUAAAUCAUGUUCAUGUUCAAUUCGUGCCAGUAGAUAAAAUGGAAAUCGAGGUCAUGUGGGUACAAUCUGUAUCGUUCCAUCUAUUAUGUAUAUCCGAUAAGGAAGCAAAAAGGAGGCUCUUUCAGAUCAAAAAAGGACGAUUCGGUAAAACAUGUAUAGUAUAAACCAUCUUCGCGAAGAAGAUACGGAAAAGGAAAGCAUCGGCUAGUAUACCGAUUGAUAAAGCAAGAAAAAAAGUAUCAGAAAAAGAAUCGGAAGACCGACGAGGAAAGAAGAAAAGCGAUUGUAUGUAUGCGAAGCACGUUCCGCGUUUAUUUCUUUUAGCCGCAUCUUACGCAACGUCCUAUAGUUUGGCUUUAUUAAAUUCCUGUUGGGCGAUAUUGUCCGAUGGUUUGCUUCUAGAAGUCACUUCAUGCGUCGAACGCCAUCCGAGAGAUUAUCUAAUCAAUUUUAUAUUUCACUUCGAUCGGUAGUGUUGCUUUCGGUAGAAAUCCUUCCUGUCGCUAGAUCUACUCAGAUUUUGUUCGAUCUUAUACGACAUCGAAAAUUUUCCGAUCGUUAAUUCGUAUUUAGUCGUAUUGCAAUUAUUUUUGAUAUCGUAAUAAAUUACGAUGUAACAUUAUUCACGAUAACGUCUAUUUGUAUCGGUGACGCUAUAAUAACAGGGAGAAAAUAUCAGGAGAUUCAGGAUAAGGAAAGAAUAAAUAGAAUAUAAUUUAUGCAAAUAUAGAUACGCCAGGAAGCAAAGAGAAUCGCGAUAACAUUUCGAACGAGAUGAAACGUUAAUUACGGGCAUGAUUCUCUUUUCUCUCGAACCCUUUGAUAGGUUCGCGUUUCAUUUGAAAUUCUGGCCGAGCUGACGAUGCAUCGAGCUUUAGCUAGAUUUAUUCGCCCAGAGAAUCCUUAUAAUUGUUUGCAAGGGAAAUAAUAGAUCUAGGGGAUGUUGACUCAGCUCUAGUAGGGUAACGCAAGACCAGUUAGCAACGAGAUGGAAUCCUUCUCUCUCGACCGGAAGUCGAUGUUCCUCGUAGUUUCUAAUGCGAAACUCUUGUUUUCGUUGAAUGUUCGAAAAAUGAAAGAUCUGUUAGCACUACCGGAGAUAUCCAACGUUCAGAUCUUUGGUUUCGAAUCUUAGUCUAAGUUUCCUCGCAGCUAUAAGCGUACGUUUAACGCCAGUGUUCUAACUACGUAAUUUCAUGCAGAUUACGUAGGAGAAUAUUCGCGUAUGCGCUUAUUUGUGGCCACAUGAACACAAUGUUGUCGUUGUGCGGGUAGAUAUUUUGAGAGCUCUUCGCGUCAGCUUUAAUUCCUUCCCAGGGAUUCCUCCGCGAUUGCGGAUUGCACUUGCACCCAUGUAUCUGACGUGAAACGGUUCCGUAGAAAUUACGCUCGCAGUUCUCGAGCACCGCUACCGCGGCUACGUAGUCGCUACAGUAGGAGAAUGAAGAACGGGAUUAGAUAGAAGGUAUCCCCGCGAGCUUCACUUUUUCCCUACGAGUACGAGAAAAUGUAGUCAAACAUAAUCUAAAACGCAAAAUUCCUGUCAACCAACAUUGCUUCAAAUUCUCUUCGAGAUCGUUCCGUGAGAUUUCAGAAUGAAAAAGGUAUCGCGAGAGAAGAAUGAAGAGUGGGUUGGAACGAAACACAUUUACGAGCCAAGUUCUUCAAUCCUUUUUCAUGAUGGAGCCCGAGAAGGAGAGACGGUUGUACGUUCGAUCCUGAGCCACCUAUCACAUCUAAGUCCUAUUGGGUUUCCAGCAUUGGGCACGGAAUCUCAAAAUGCUCGUGUCAUCUCGGCACAGAGAUGCUGCAACUGUGAUCGAAUUCCAGAAACUACUGCGAUCGAUGACCUGUUUAACUAUUAUCAAAUUAUUGCGAUUACCGAUAAUUUAAAAAUCGCAGUUAUAUAUAUAUCGAUGGAUAACUAAGAUGUAACAGGGAUAUUUUACAAGCAAAGGAAACGUAAGUCGAAUACGUCUGUACCAUCGGGUUUCAGCUACAAUCCUCGAGGAUUCGCGUAUCUAAUGGAUCCUUGUGUCGCAUCGUCAGGAAUCGCAUUGGCAACCUUAGACGAGCACUUGGGUAGGAAAAUAUUGAAAGGGAAUCGGUUAUCGUUAGACGCUUUUCACGUUAACUUUUUUCAAUCCCGAAGAGGAGAGCGUGUGAAAGGAGAUCGAAGGGUUAUUGCAGGCUCCUAGAAAUGGAAUCGAUCCGCGACGAAUAGGUUUUGUACGAAUAUCACGCGAUCAUCUGCGAUGAACGAUUCGUUAGAUUAGACGAAGACUGGAAAAUCUCUGAAAGCACCAAAUGGUAUCGUCACGUUUACUCGACGUUUGAUUUUUAUAAAAUGAUCUGAGCCAAAGUAAUCCACGGCAAUCUUUCCCGAUAAUAAUUUAAUCAUUCGUAAUCUCUCUUGAAUUGUUCAUCUAUCGUACGUGUACGUCAAAUGACGUUAUUAAGACGGACACAGCGAUAACAGCCGGGGGCUGAUAGAUGAACGGUGGCAAGUUCGCAUCGAUAAAUUUGCUAAACGACGAGGAAAUGAUGAAUCGUCGUUCCGUUUUACCAUCGCCGCUCUAAUUACGUUAAUUUCGCAAUUAGAACACGCUCUCGUUCGCGUAAGCUUAUCUAUGCCAGGGAUGCGCAGGAUUCUUUUUAUCGUUUCUCUCACCGAAAUGAAAUUCGUGACGCGCCACGCGAAAUAUCAUAGUAAUUAUCAAUUUGUGACGAAUUCUUCGAAUCUGGAAGAAUGCGAAACAAUUGUUCAAGUAUCGCGACUCGUUCGUCACUUCCUCAGGUAUCGAUGGAAUUCGCAGAGAAAUGUUACACCCUGCGUUAUUAAAUUAUGCUAUCGCCGUACAAAUGGAUGAAAUAAUUCCAUUCGAUGCAAACUCGACGAUUUAAGUCGCAGCAUCGCGAAUAAUCCUUAGAAAGAAAUAACGACGAUGGAUCGGACGAUGGUAUUUCGGUUCCUACCCCGUUCAGCGCGAAGUUAUUAAAAGCUAUCGCCGAUCCCCAGUGUUGUUGAUGGUCAACAGACGUUCGGUCGUUCCGGAAGUGCACCGAGAACAAUGGUGAACGUCGGGGGGUACCGUUUCGUUCCAUUCUUGUCCGUUUUCGCACGAUACGGUUCGGUCAUGUGAAAUUAGUUUUGACAAGGCGAUCCCUGAGCGAAACGGAAACGUAGAAGAAUUUGUUUUCAUUUGCGCGUCACAUUUUAUCGCGCGUUUCCUGCAACCAGAAUAUUCGUUGGUUCUUUGUCGUGCUUUUUUCUUUUUUUUUUUUUGAAAUGUACAAAAAAGAUGUUCGUUCUUUAACGAACGAUUCCUAUAAUCGCGUGCUCUUUGAAUGUUUUG